AUGUAUAAGACGGUCACAACGGACGACUUUCCCUCCCUGAUCAGAAACGCCAACCCUUCCUCGGUCCACUCCCCCCUUCAGCAUACCAAACACCUCUUUAUCGAGUACGGCGAGAAAGACAAAGAGCCAGAAUACACGGAACUCUGCAGGUCCGGCUCGACUCUUUGGACGGCGUGUGGGUCGGCGAACACACCCAAGGGGAAGAAGGCGCUUUUGAUGGCCAAUUGCGCGGCGGAGGUGAAGGGUCUACUGGAGGAUUUCUCACAGCUUGAUCGCUUGGGAAUGGGGAAGGUAUUGCCCAAUCUGGAGACAGUGGCGGUGGCGUCAAUUUUCGGGGCCCAGGACGGGACCUGGGACCAAUACCAAUCCCAUCUGCGGGCCGACGCGCCUCAUUCGGCCGAGCUCGCGGACUGCGCUUCACACUUCCAAAACAUCCUUGCUGGAUCGACAGUCACCCACCUUUGCGUCCGCGACAUCUUGGGCCCCCUCUCUCCCCCUUCCUCCGACCUAAAUCCAAUCGAUAGGACCGGCUUCACCACUACAAUCCACUUCCCCGCCAAUGCUCCACCCCUCCCACUUCCCCUCGGCGGUCCGGUCAAAUUCAUGAGCGAUCUCGGACGUGACGAGGACUUCCCCGCCACGAUGGCCAAUAUGAGGAGUACGGUGGAGCGUGCUUUGCAGGCUCGUAAAUCGCGGGCUGGAGGGGAGCUGGGAUCGGCGGCCAUCGAUCUCGAGAUCUUUUGCUCCGCUCCUCGCUGGAAGCCAUCCGGACUUGACCCAGCGUAUGCCAUGCCCCUCCUGAUCUGCAUGCGGGCUGGACUGCAGCCCACGGGGAUGCCCUUUGAGUUUGCGGCGCAGGACUAUCACCUAUCGGCGGAACAGCAACGGAUAGUCGCCGAAGGACUCGGCGGUCGCCUCCUCAGGUCGUGCGAACACAAUCGUGAUCAGAUCAUGUGGCGACCCAUCGAUGAUGCGCCCAUGUGCGAGGCGUGCGGCUUAAUUCCGGCCUGUGUUGGGGAGCGGGAACGGGAUGACGAAGUACGCGGAUGGUGGACAUGGGCGCGGAAUAUAGGGAGGCGAUGGGGGAACCGAAGCGGGGUGGGAGGGAGGGACGGCAGAUAG